AUUCUCCUGGCCCUCGGCGUCUUACAGCUCGUCGUUCCUUCGCUCCCCAGAUCUCUUCCCCUCCGGGCUUCAUCUUGUCCUUGUCGAAUCAGUCUAAUCUCAAGCUUUGCUCCCAUCCUUUUUUAGCUCCGUCUCUCGCCGCUCCUCCCGGGAUCGUCGAUUGAUGCGAUGGUCGUCUGCAAAUGCCGCAAGGCAACCAGGCUUUAUUGCUUUGUCCACAAGGUUCCCGUUUGUGGAGACUGCAUAUGUUUCCCGGAACAUCAGAUCUGCGUGGUAAAAAAAUACUCUGAUUGGGUAGUUGAUGGGGAGUAUGACUGGCCACCAAUGUGCUGUUUGUGCAAUGCUGCAUUGGAAGCCGGGAGUGAUCAAACUAAUCGAUUGGGUUGCUUGCAUCUUAUGCACACACAUUGCUUGGUCUCACAUAUCAAAAGCUUCCCACCUCAAACUGCCCCUGCAGGAUAUGUUUGUCCUGCAUGUUCUUCCCCUAUAUGGCCCCCUGUAAGCAUAAAAGAUACGGGAUCUCAUCUCCACUUAAAGCUUAAGGAAGCAAUAAUCCAGAGUGGCCUGGAGAAAAAUGUAUUUGGAAAUCAUCUAGUUUCACUUUCUGCAGAGAACCGUGUUCCUCCUCCUGCUUUUGCUUCUGAACCAAUUAUGCGCAUGUCUUCUGUUGAAGACACUGAAAGAGGUGGAGCAAGUUCAGUUAAUUCUGUUAAAGAUUCAAAACCCAUGCUAUCUUUAACAGUCACAGAUGAUAAGUACUCAGAAUUAUACUCUACUAUUGGAGUGGGCUCUUCUAAGCUUGAACCAGAGAUUGUUGAAGUUGACGGUCCUAAUGCGUUAGAAAACCAAUUUAUGCAAGAUCAAGAGCCCCAUCUUAUGAUAAGUCCUGGUGCUGCUGCAAGAAAGCCAACUUACCAUGGCAGACAAAAUUCUGAAACAUCAUAUUAUGCUGAUGAUGAAGAUGGGACAAGCAAAAAGUAUACACGACGCGGUCCUGUGCGUCACAAGCUUCUAAGGAUGUUGCUGCCUUUCUGGUCAAGUUCAUUGCCUACUCUACCAGUGACUGCACCGCCACGCAAAGAAGCUAACACAAAUGGUCCAGAAGGAAGAAUACGUCAUCAAAGAUCCUCAAGGAUGGACCCCAGGAAAAUAUUACUCAUCAUGGCAAUCAUGGCAUGCAUGGCAACAAUGGGGAUAUUGUACUACAGAUUGGCACAACGCAGUCUCAGUGUAAGCAUAACAGAAGAUGAGCCCCAGUAGGUACUGUCUAAUCUCUUUGGGUCAUGGGUUAUGUGAUGGUGUUUUUGUAGAAUACCAAUUUCUUGUCUUUAAUGCUGCCCAUUCCAGUCCUAUGAACUUCUGGAGGCUUAGCAAACAUUACAAUGCUACAGUGUGUGGUUUAAGUGUUGACUACAGGAUAUGUUUAAAGAAUUAGUUGCUUCUUAAAUCAUUUUUAACAAAGAUUUCUCUGCAGUUCCCUCUUUCAUGGAUCA